AACAUCAGUUUUUUACAUGUUGCAAUUUAAAAACAAAGCAAACAACAAAAAACCCGUCUGCACAUUUAAAUUUGGGCAGGGCAGAAAACACAUGUCACAAACAGAGAUGUAUAAAAUAUAACUGGAUGUGGCGAAGAUAAGAUGCGAUUAAUUACAGCAGUGCUCUAACAGGGAGCUCUGGAUACAUUUUGUUUACCAGAGCUUCGAUAAACAGAGCAUGGAGCUCCUUAUUUCACAGCACUACCUUUUUUUUUUUUAAACAUCCUUUACCAAUUUUUCUUACUGCAGACGUGGGAAGUUUUAGGAAAGUAGUCAUUUUCUUGAGGCUGAUUUUGUGACCUAUUAUCCGUGUGUGUGUUCCGUCAUCUUUCACAAUUUGAACAUUAGCUUUCUGUGUCACAUUAUAUUAAUAUCCUAAUGGAACAGGAAAUCAUAGAUCAUUUGGUAAAGGCUUCUGGACACUGAUCAAUUUAAAAAGGAAAUAAAGUAUAAUAAACGGCAACAGAAGCUACUUUUUUGCAGGAAUUGUUGGGGGUGCAAAUAACUGUCGCCUUCUGCUGUGUCUUUUUUUCUUCCGUGAAAAUUUUCUUUUGAUUGAAUAAAUGUACUCAAAACACAUUGUUAUACAGUGUGAGAAAAUAAAAAAGUAAAAAAAUUGUUUACAAGACAUUUCCAAAUCUUUAGCUAGAGGGUGCUGCAUGGGUUUCAGAUAGAAAUAAAAUGCUGAGUUUUCUUUGCUAAAUUAUUGAUGUGCAAGUUUGGUGCCUUUUAAUUCCUGAUAUAUCAGUAAAAUACUUCAGAUCUCCCCAGAAAAUAAUCUGGUUAAAGUAAAACGAAUCAUCAAAGUUCCCCAGAGGCCUAACAUACUCAGAAAGGCGGUUAUUUAUACCAUGUGACCUUCCACUGAAUGACAGACAUCUCAGCCGAACAGCUGUUCUACGGUGAGCAGCGGGAACCGACCUCUGCGCUUUCUAUUUAUGUCUCACUUCAGGAGUCACUAUUUUCUCCCUCGUGACGACACGCUGCUGCUGCUGCCGCCGCUCGCUUCCCGUCUCCUUCGACUUCAUUUCCGUCCUCCUUCCCCAAACUAUUCCCAUGGCUAUAGGUUCUAAUGGUUGACAUGCUUCUUGAUUCCCUUAUUGCUACUGUUUGUAUGAUCAUUUCCAACCUCAUACAUGCUUUGUGGACAAUAAUAAGUUCUGACCCUGUCGAUUUGGGAGGACAGAGUGGCUUUCUGCACGAUUACAUGGAGGAAUUGAGCCCCAGACAGCUGGCAGUCAAACAGCUAAAGGAGAAGUUCCUGAAGGCCCUGCAGGAAAACAAUGCUGAGGAAGUCCUGCAGAUUCUGAACUCUGGCAAACUUGACAUUGACACAGUGCUGGAGGUGGAAGAUCCCAGCAUGGUCUUGGCCUCUUAUAAACAGGGAUACUGGUUGCCAGGCUACAAGCUGGAGAAAUCCUGGGCGAUGGGUAUCCAUGUAUGUGUGAUGUACAACGCCGUGGAGACGGCGCUGGUCCUCCUCCAGAAAGGUGCGGCCAUCAACCGCAUGCCCAACGGGAAAACGCCCCUGCAUGUGGCCUGCGAAGUCUCCAACAGCGACUGCGUGGCCCUGCUCUUGGCUUACGGGGCAAAGGUCAACAGCCUGUCGCUGAGCGGUCACACUCCUCUGCACUACUGCAUCGCCAGGGAGUCCGUGGAGUGUGCCAGGCAGCUCAUCCUCAAAGGUGCAAAGGUCAACACAGCCAGCCACAACAACGAGGAGGACACGCCUUUGCACACAGCCGCCAGAUUUGGGGUUCCAGAACUGGUGGCAUUGCUUUUGACCCACGGGGCCUCCGUCAACUCCCUCAACGCUCUCCAGGAGACUCCCCUAAUGACUGCGGCCUUUUGGGCUUUCGACUCCAAGGAGCAAGUCUACAGCCAAGAUCAUCAUUUCGUUUGUCGCCUUCUGCUGGACCACCAAGCGGACCCCAACCUGAAGGAAGGGGAUAAUAAAACAGCUCUCCACAUGGCCGCCUGGAACUGCGAUCACGUCCUGAUGCAGAUGCUGCUGGAGGCCGGAGCGGAUGUUCGAGCCAUGGACAUCAACGGAUGCGCUCCCAUUCAAUACGUCCUCAAAGUGACAGGAGUCAGGCCUAUGGCCAUCCCUGAGGUCUGCUUUCAGCUUCUGCUGAACUAUAACGCGGCGCGGAUCUAUCCUCCGCAGUUCCACAAGGUACUGCAGACCUGCUACGACUACCCCCAAGUUGUAGAAAUUCUGGUGAACUCCUAUGAACAUUUAAAACCCACAAGAAAGUGGAGAGGAGCUAUUCCCGAUGACUGCUAUGAGCGGCAUAAAGACUUCUAUGACUCCAUGUUUGCCGUUUGCACCAACACACCGCGCAGCCUGCUUCAUCUCACCAGAUGUGCCAUCAGAGCCGGUCUGCGAGGGUUUUGCCAGCGAGGAGUUGAUCAAUUGCCUCUGCCAUCGACUUUGAAGAAAUAUUUAUUGUUAGAACCUGAGGGCAUACUUUACUGACGAAGAGACUUUUUAUAAUAUUUAUACUAUGUUGCUGGGACAAUGAUUUUGGUGGAAGAGGGUUUAAAUCAGGUAAUGUUUCUGUCUGUAUUUACAGAUGUAAUGACCAAUGAGGAAAUCAGUCGCCUUUCUUCGAUUCUUUCAGCUCCCUGCUUUAAAGGGCCUGUUUUAGUUUUGCCUGUACUCAUAAUUUUCCAGUUAUUCUUUUCCACACGUGUUUUUCAGCCGUGUUGACCAGUGUGGCUUCAGGCUGAAAGUGCUGCAACACGCUGAAAAGGAUCCAGUGCUACCUAGCAACUGGCUAGGCCCGAUGCCCUCUCUCAAUCUCAUGAUAUUCCUAUUUCAGCAGACAACACUCUUGACUGAUCACUUCACAAUAAGUGUUUGUUUUUCCACCGGGCUGCAUGCAGCCGGGGACCCAGGCCUGUUUUUUUUUCUUUUUUUUUUUUUCAGUUUUAUCACCAAUAAAAACAAAUCAUGUUCCAGUUCUCCACACCUAAACCUAGACAUAUUUUAAUGUCAGAUAAAGAUAAGGCAAAGUAAACACAAUGAUGAUUUUGUUGAUUAAAGAAAAAAAGCAAAUCAGUCGGGUCCCAUGUGAAAAUAGAAUUUCUGGGCUUGGUUGAAAGGUUAACUUUGAUUGACUGCACUUUGUUUAGUUUAAUUAACACCCAGCGCUGGUUACUGCUUUACCAGUAACAUCAAGAAACCACUUCCAUAGAUCCCGUCAGACAACACGCAGAAAGCUAAGCAAUCUCAACAAUUCUACGUGACCAAGAGCCCACAGCACCAGUCGUCAUACUUGGCGUAAACGGGUAAAUACAUUUUUGGUUUUUAUCUCUUGUUUGGUUUACAGUUGUUAAACAACAGAAAUAUCGCUGAUUUUGUUCUUACGGUUUCAAGUUUCUGAGGAAGCAGAGCUAAAGCGCAUCAGAGAGGGAAGGGGAGACGUUUGUGAGCUGCGUUCGUUCGUUUCAAACAAAAAACAAAAGGUUUAACUCCGUAUUCCUCCAUAUCCUACUUUAAAAAAAAAAAAAAAUCACUGGCCUUCACCCACUCUCGUCAACCCACCUCUGUGCAUGCAGCACAGAUGAAACAGGUUUGAACCAGUUUUAUCCUGCUAAAAAUCUAUAAGUCACCAAAAAUAAAUAAAUAAAUAAAUCACUAUCCUAACCACCUAAUAUUUUAACUUGCUUAAGUAUUUCUUGUUCCAUGGAUGAACCAAACACUGCUUUACACAAGUCGUUUAUCACCAACAAGGUUUAUACUGCUGAGGACCUUCCACCCGAUCAUAGGUCACGCCUAAUGAUAGCCGAGUCUCUGACUUCUAUUUUAAACCCUAACCUGGCGCUGAUGUGUUUGUGCAUCAAAAGAACCAAGAUGGGCGGAAACUUUGCCAACUUUGCGGACAUGGAAGCGCAGCUCUUUUGGUUUUGCUAUCAGGACCGCCCAGGAGCAAACACGUCUCAGCAUAUUAAGCAAACACACUACAGAGUCGAUACGGACAUGUCACGAACUCGCAUGCUCUCUUACUGUCUGUGAAUCAGCUGCAACUUGUAACGGCGUAGCACAAACUUUUGCGGCGUAAAAAUCAUGGAACGUUGAAUUUGCCGAAAAGAACCUGGUGGUCUUUGAGCUCAUAACAAAGCAGAGAUCCAAGAGAAACGUCUCUUGUAGUUCUGUGUGUGUGUGCCAGAUCAGAGAACAUUGACUGCAUGACUAAAGUGUCAGACUCAAAAUAAACCAAUGACUGCCAGCCGGCAGCCACACACAGACACUCCUUCUAAAACACGAUAAGGGGAAAAUUGAGUCACUCGGUUGCAGUCAGUAGGAUAGGAAGAUUGUACGACGGUUUCAAUUGGUGAUCAGAAAGAAAAAAAACAAACAAAAGCCCACACAGACACUCACACACAGUUAUUUGUGGAGAAGUGUGUUUUGAGGAGUCAAGCUGAGGCUUUGAGGUGUAAUAGUGUAGCAACUGGCAAGCACGGUGGUGGGAGCAUCAUGGUGAGGGUUUAGAAUUUUUUUUUUUUUUUUUGCUGCCAGAACAACUGGUGCAUUGCGCAAAGCAGAAUUAUGAAGAGGAGGACUUCCUCUAAAUUCUUCAGCAGUGUUGUAAUCCAAAAUGCACACUUAGAAUCUGGAAUCAUCCUUACCUAAAGUCUGAAAACAAUUAACUAGAUGUUGGGGUGUCUACUUCAUUUUUCUGGAUCCGUUCCAUAAACAAAACCACCAUCUGUCCCUCUCUGAACUAAUUUACAUGAAGUACACCAUUACUGAUUUGGUCAAAUUGUUCCUUUAACCAGACUUAAGAGGGAGUGUUUGAAUAGAUUGAAAUCUUUGUGCAUUUUAUUCAUAUCCUUGUGUGUGUAUAUAUACAAAAAACAGGCAAUUUUAUUUUAACCAAUUCUUUUGUUUUUUUAAAUUGUAUCAUCUUUUCACAGUGUAUAUAAAGAACUGCUCAAAUGCACCAUUAAAAGCCCAGAAAUGACGGCAUCCGUAUCCAGAGUGUAUAUUCAAACUUCUGAAUCCAUCCACAACACGGGAUCGCCAGGCACGCUAAUGAAGCUGUCCGACAGAGCUGAACAGUGUGUUCCCAGCGCCUACUGGCAGCCGGCCAUCGAAAGCCACUGGACUGUGUCUGCUACGGCGACGGGCAACCCGACCAAAGUUUCCAAAAACAAGGGAGAAGAGAAGGAGGAGGAGGGAGACAACAGUUUAGCAGAAUCAUUACAGAGGAAGACAGAGCUGUUUACACACCAGAAACACUUUUAUUGCUGAAUUUGUACAGAGUUGCAGUUUCAUGCAAACCCUUCGGAGGUUACACGUUAGCGUGAUAUCCGGUGGCGGCAAAGUUGAAGAUUGAAAACUAUUUUGGAAGCCGCAAAAAUAAAAAUGUAACAAAAUGGCAUAAUGGGAGGUAACAUGAGGUUUUUUUUUUUUUUUUUUUUUAAAUUUACACCAGUCACUGGUCCGUUUUGUGUCGAAUCGCACACUGAGCUUUGUGGCGACACUUGGCCUUUAAGUCAUUCUUGCAAAAACUGAAUAUUAAACGACCAAUACAGUAAAAGUGUAGGCAGACUGGGAGAUGAUUGGGACCAAUAACAUGAUAUCCCAGUGUGUAAGGCCAUAUCAGUUAGAUCAAUAUAGCUUUCGUCUUUUAGUUGUUGAGCCAACAAAGUGUGUGCGUGCGCACGUAUGUGUGUGUGUGUGAGAUCCCGUCAGUUUAAAGUUAAAGUGAUGGUUCACAGUGUAUUACUUAACAGGGUAGUUUUCUGUUACGAAUCAUUAAACCUUUCAACAAAGGCCUAUGAGCUUUUAAGACGUGUUAUUUCAAUAAACAACUUGCUUCCAAAAAAAAGUUAGGAGUUGAAAAGUCAUUGAAACUAAAAUAAAAUACAUGAAUCUACAAAUUACUGCGGAGAAUGCAAAACUAUUCACGCCCAUUAAAGUUGUUCCACAAUCCCCCCGUGUUCAUUCAAAACCUGCAUGUAUUUCAUUUAUUUUUUUUAUAUCAACACGAAGUAGCACAUAAUUAUGGGUGGGAGAAAAAAAAUGGCUUUCAUAAUUUCUUUCACAAUUAAAAAUGUGGAAAUUGCAAAGUGCAUCUUUGAUGUUUAUGUGUGAAUUUUUUGGCCUUUAUGCGACAACAAAAAGUGUUGAGUAAAACUAACACUGCACGCAACCAUGAACAAACCAUCUGCAUGCUGUAAAAAUGUGGUGGUGGCAGCAUCAUGGUGUGGGUUUUCAGCAAAGACAGAGAACGAGGGACUGAACAAGCACAC